AUGGCAAUGCAGGAGCACAAACAAAUGGAGGUGCUAUGGAGGACACAUGGUUGGCUUUCGAGUCACGCCCAGGCGGGGUGCAUCUCUUUAAAUGUGGAAAUGCAGAAGUACUUGACCAGCGGGCCAUGUGAUUGUUCAAUGGUUGAGUGCGACAGGAUAGAGGUCUCGGCCCAAAAGAGGGAAAGGAAUACAACUUUGAAAGAUAAGUUGGAAAGGGUUAAGGCAGUGGUGCUUUGUGGUCGUUGGAGCGAAGAGAAGAGGAUAUUCCUAUAUGGUGUUGUUAUGCAACAGUGCAGUGGGCAUGUCGACGAGGACGUCAACACUAUCAGUGGGGGAGAAUGUCACGGGUCGCACAUAGACAAGUGCUACCGUGACUCCAUUGGGACAUAUAUGCGCUUAAGAGGUAGUCUAAGUGUGGAAGGGCGAGAGCUUAAGAGCUAG